UGUUUUUCAGGGCUAUAUAGAGCCAAACCAUCACACAGUCUUUACACAGACAACUUCAUUUUCUGCAGAAAGAGCACACAGAGUACACUGCAAAGAUGAAACUGCCCAUUGCCAUCGCAGUACUGAUGCUGGUGUUGGUCGCAAACACAGAGGCUGAGGAGGAGCCAACACUGGAGGAGCGUUUCACUAGCUUCGGAAACCAAAUGAAGGAGAUUACAGGUGACCUGGCUACUAAAACAAAGGACGCCUUUGAGAAAUUUCAUCAGAGCGAGUUCGCCACAAAAACCAGGGACUGGUUCACAGAGCAGAUUGAGAAGGUGAAGCAGAAGAUGGAGGAGACCUUCAGCAAGUAAUUUAGAGAUCCCCGGCUUCGACACCAAUCGACAAAUCUUUAUUUUACCCAACGCAGCAUCAUUCUGACGCAGUAAUCGUUAAUAUGACGCUGCUGAAAUUUGUUGCACCAGCGGACGCAGCAACUGUUACAACCGCUGCUACAGUGUUGGUCUGUAGACAGUUAAUGAAAUUUGUACAUGCAAUUGCCUGCCAUGUCAGGACUAACUGAAAUAUAAUUCCUGGAAAUUGUGACACAAAUACUGUGAAAUUGUCAGAGCACGAAAUGGUAAUAAAAACAAUAAUUUAUUUGA